UUGGUGGAGAGAUGGCGAAAGGAGACACAUUGCUUCAAUUUUCACGAAGGAGAGUGCACCAUCACACUAAAGGAUGUCGCCGUCCUAACCCAUCUGCCCAUUGACGGCAAUGCGGUAUGUGUGAGCGAUCGUGCACCACCGGAUGUUGGCGGGAUGACCGGUUGGCAGCAUUUGAUCCACAACGUUUUGGACCUCCGAGUGCCAGUCAAGGGAAGCGUUGAUGUGGAGGAUCGCAACGCACCAUUUAGGAAGCGACAAGUAUCAAUCACUUGGUUGACUAGGGAGAUCAGGAACCGACACGAUCCAACACAAGGUGGGAUCCCCUUAACCGAGGAAAGUUCAGAGUUUGAGAAGGAAAGAUAUGCUCGUGUCUAUCUCAUAGGCAUGAUCGGAGGAGUAUUCUUCCCUAAGAAAUCCAACAAUUUAACUAGUAGUGGGUGGCUGAGGAUCCUCCUUGAUCGAUGCUUACGUCAAUUUGGUCGGGAGCAAAGCAUGCCUCUGAAGGUCCCCGAAAGUCAACAGGCUUUCCACCACCGAGAUGGUCGCCAAGGAGCUGAUGAUUGGCCUGAGAAGUUGAAGAAAUUCAUCCGGAUGUGGAAUGGCAGGCAAGGUUUUGAUAUCUCACUCCAAUUGCUCAGGGGCGAAUGGGGUAUCACGACCCAUACAUGGAUCAGUACCGAAGACAAUCGGUUCAAUACGUUACUCCGGAGGGUGCGGCUGAUGGUGCAUUGGUAA